AACGGCGCUGUGAACGAGAAACCCAUGACGAAAGUUAAAAGAGAUACUGUCUAUUCAAUACAAAACAUGGAAAAUUGGCUGAACUUGAGGACUUGAAUUCAGUUAAGAUUCAAGUUUUUUCACAUAGCUAUUGAUUAAAUUUAAGACGAUCGCAAAACUAAAGUGAUUCGGUUUCAAAUUUCAGUCACAGCGUUAUGAAACGGCCGACCACUCUUGCCAUGAAUAUUUGAUAAGCGCGAAAUCGCAGUUCGUCUCAUUGGCAGGGAAAUGAAGAGAGGCUUGCCCGCCUGCGCUGUCGAGAGAGGAGACUUCGAUGCUCUGCUUAUGUUUGAGAUACGGAGAACAGAUGACGCAGACAAAAGCCUAAUCGAUCGCGUUGCGGUCAAGGAAUUUUCACUAUUGAUUGGAUUUCUGUUUUCUUCGCCAUUGUCUGCUUCUCUUAAUCAUUUGUUAAUUUUAAACUAAGAAAGCUUUUGGUGUUUAUGUAGCUGAUAAAAACAUUGCAGUCUACUUUGAUUCGUGUUAGAUAAGCGAUUUGAAGGAAACUGAAAGUUUGAGAAGUACAUUACAACGAAUCUUCAUCGCAGUUUAUGUAGGUUUGUACUCGUAUUGAAAUCGUAGGUACAUGAUAACUAAUUUUUGAGUUUGAAAAAUAAUAUUUUUUAUAAUGCUAUCAAGGAGGAACAAAACCGUCGACUUUAGUUUUGCACAGCUUGAAGUGAGAUUGUUAACAUAUGCAUUCUUGGAUAUAAAAAAUGAUAUAGUUUUAUUAAAUACAUUAUGUCUAUCGCAUCAUUAUAUAACUAAUACCAUUUAUAUAUUAUGUUUAUUUUAAAUAUUUAUUAACAAAAUCUUAAAAUAAUUGAGGCAGAAAACCAAACCUUGAUCCUUUAUAAGUUUAUAUAAUAAACUCUGACAAUUGUGAUCUUAGUAACUCAACCGUUACAAAGCUUGUAAUAUUGUGAUAGUGAUUUUUAUUUUAUCUACUAACAGUAUAUUAUGAAUCAGACAAAAUGGCUUUCGGAGUUUAUAUAUGAUGUUGAAUCAACACCUUUAUUAUGGAGUUUUGACGAUCCAGAACAAGAUGCACCAUUACGAUCUCAGUCCUCUCCCAUAUUGACGGAAUUAACUGGCAGCAGACUGUAUAGUAUCACAAACAUGACAGAAUUCCAAUGGCAGAAUUGGGGUGCAUCUGAAAAUAAAACAGCAAGAAGUCAGAGUUUUCCUGAUCCAUCUUUAAAAUUGAGAGGCACGAAACAGACUAGUUUGGCAGUAAGAAAACGCGCAAAUGCAGAAUAUCUAGAAUUUUCAAAAACUCCCGUGGAGAUGUUGGAGUUAAAAAAUUUGAAUGAAAAAGGUAAUAACCUUGAAGACCAUCUUCGAAACGAGAAAAAAGACGGAAUGGAAGAAUUAGAUGUUCCUGUAUUUAUGGAUGGCGCAAACUUGCCAACGUAUAUUGAAGUCAAGCAGCGUGAAAGCGAACAAAGACGACUGCUCUCUGUGGUGAGGCCAUUUCCAUCAUAUUUAGCCAUUAGUUCGCCGGAAGACACUGAAAUAACGGAGUAUCUGAGCGAUGAUAAUGAGGAUUUAUGCAAAGAAGAUAUCGGCGUAGGCAUCAUCCAAGAUGGCGAGAUAAUUACAAUGGACGUGAAUGACAAGUAUUUUGAACAACACAGCAACAGAUCCUCUGACAAUGAAACUCCAAAUAAUGUAGAGUACAUAUCAGGAGGGAUUUGGUACUCAGACGAGGAAGAAGAGAAGGCUAUAGAAAAAGAGGUCAAAAGUAUUUGUGCUUAUGAAAAUCCAGCAUUCGUACCGGAUGCAUCGGAUGAUGAACAAAGCGCGGUAGUAGAAGCCAUUUCUUAUCAGAACUCAAUUCAUAAAAAACUUGGUUCAGAAGAUGACUUCAACACUAAUGAUAGAAAACCAAGACUACGGAACAAAACAUUUUCCCGAGAGAUUGACAGUGACAGUGCAAUCUCACUUGAUGACCAUAGUGUUGAUGAAAGUGUCAAAACUACUCAGCAUGAUGGAGAUAACCUUUUACAUUCUCUCAAAAGUGCGUCUCGUUUAGAAGAUAUUGGUGAAGCUUGCGAGUUUGAGAGACUAAAAGAGUCCAUUUCAGUCGAUUCCUUUAGCGUACAUUCGACGCCAUCGUCUACAAAGUUAGCUGAUAUAGUUUCUUUCGAUGAUAUUGCUUCUUUAAUAGAGAAAUGUAAACCCGGGGGAUAUCUUUCAUAUGAAGAAGACAGGACUAGUAGCAGCUCUGAGUUCGAAAUUAUCUCCCAAACAUCUACCUGUUCUCAGAUUUUGUCGCCAGAGUCACCUCAACCGGAUACCGCUUCAUCACCAGUCAGUGACGUAAGCGUGGAAGCGGAUUUGGUUUGGGAUGCCUAUAUUCCUCCACUGACUUUGAGAUGGUCCGAUGUGAUGAUCAAACAAAUAUUUGACGUCGUAGAAAAGGAUAACGAAGAGUACGUAACUCACAUCCGCCAGAUGGCUCGUAGUCGCGAAAUAAGGCCUCUGAACAUAUUGCAGCGUCUGUGCUGGUAAAUUAAUAUAUUUUAUGUGUUUGAUGAAGAUUCUGGAUCUGUUCAAAGUCUGGUUGGUGUCUUUGAAUACAACAUAUAGGUACAUGAUGCUAGUAUUCAAAUUUCAACGAAAAAUGAAGUUUCAAGAUUGACGUCAUUCUAAUGUGAGAGGAAGCGUGAAUACGUGAUAUCGAAUUGUUCGAUGCACAUGGACGUCGAAUCUUUGAUAAUAUCUUUGUCUAUGUGUUGCAGAUACCUAUUACUGUUUGCAUGUUGACCUUUGGCAGCCUUUGUUUUUAUUAGGUUUCUUACUUUUCUCUCAUUUCAGAAUUUUUCUGCUAAAUAAACUCCGAUGGACACUAAAAUUCCAUGUUAUGUUUCAACGUCUGCAUAAUAUGAAACUCAAUGAAACUUAAACCGUUGGAAGUGAAAUUAAGUGAACUUAUCAUACAAUUUUUGUGAAGAUUCAUCGAUGUAGUGUAACUUUUUGUACGCCAAUUUUUUUCUGUAAAGAAUUUUGUAUAUAAAAUACAGUAAAAUCCAAUAAAAGUUGUCUUGUAUCUCUACCUAACUUUGGAAUUUACUUGUUUCGUGGCUUAAAUUUGAUGAAAAUAUAGUGACGCACAUA